AUGCCACAGAGCACAUACCGCAUCAUGAAAGGAAAGGCUAUUAUAGUCAAAGUCGGCGACGAUAAGGAUAAACACUCUAUACUGAAAGCAUCUAAAGUGUUGAAAGAGUCAAACAGAGAUGUGUUUAUUACUGGAGAUUUCUCACAACUUGUCCGUCAAAAACGUAAGAAACUGAUUCCGUUUAUGAUCAAGGCCAGGGAAAAUGAUCAGUAUGUUUGGGGAGGAUCUCCUGAGAAGACUAAACAUUUUGCACUGCCAAAAGAACAGCCAGUGAAUUAUAUGACCCUCUACUUCUUCUCGGAUAGCAUGGAUCAUCUUGACCAAGCAAAAUCCAUGUUGGAAGAUGAGUACCAGAAUAGUACAAUGACCAGGCCCAUAUUCGAUGAAGCACUCAAGACUAUGACUAAACAACAGGAAGCAAAAAUUCGAGAUCUGGGGUCAAAGUUCAGCAUAUCUGUUGACUAUAACCGUUCAACAGGAAGGGUUAAACUUCACGGUCUUACAAAUGAUGUCAUCACAGCCAUGGAGGCAGUACACAAGAUUGUACACGAGGCUCUUCGUCAGGAACAGCAAUCUGAGAAGGCCGAGAUGUUGUCAUCUUACGUUCAGUGGUCAUACAUUGAAGUAGAUAGUACAGGCUCAUCACAAUCAGUAGAAUAUGAUAAGAUCAUUAAUCAACUAAUUGAAGAAGCUUAUCAAAACAAGAAGUCUCUGAUACGUCUGCCUCCUGACACUGUUGGGAACAUUUAUGUUGUUGAUUUAAACAACAUGGAAGAAUAUGAUUCACAUAAUCACAGUGAUAAAGUCUCUGUGAUCAGAAAAGAUCUAAUCAAAGGAGCAUCGUUUGAGCCUCCUUCCAAAUGGACACAAAUGACAACGGAAAGUGAAAUGGUACCACUUAACAAUACAGCUCAGGAGUACACAGAUGUUCAACAGAAAUUUCACAGCAGCCUUGGAAGACGUGCCAACAUUUUGAAGAUUGAGCGUGUACAGACCAAGUUCCUGUGGCAGCAGUAUGUUGCAAAGAAACAACAGUUGGACUCACAGAACCCAGGUCAUCAGAAUGAGACUGUGUUGUGGCAUGGCACUGCUGUAGAUGCCUAUCCCAGUAUCUGUAGAGGUGGCUUUAACCGCAGCUACUGUGGAAAGAAUGCCACUGCACUAGGAGAGGGUGUAUACUUUGCAGUUCAGGCUGCAUAUUCAGACAGAAAUACCUACUCUGUGCCUGACGGACAAGGUCACAAGCACAUGUUUCAAGCCCGUGUGCUGACAGGUAUGUACUGUCGAGGACAAGGCGGGAUGAGAGUACCUCCACAAAGAGAUGCAUCCAGGCACAUCCAGUAUGAUUCUGUGGUAGACAAUGUCAGGGGACCUGGAAUGUACAUCAUCUUUAAUGAUACCCAGGCCUAUCCCGAAUACCUUAUCACUUACAUGUAAUGAGAUUCUUUUGUCACCUUAUCUCAGUGAGAUAUUAUGAUUAAGAUGGUGUAAUUUAUGACAUGUGUGAAUUCAUGGUUUCUUGUAGUAAUCAAUUGUCAGGUAGAAUUGUUCUUGUGAUCAUAUUAUUUGGAAGGUAGGUGAUGGCUCGUAAUUAGAAUUAAAUCUGAGGUAAAUUGGUUAGAUUGUAAUCCUCCAUCAGAUCUGUUAGUAAAGUGAUGAUGCCAUAUUUUAAACAAUAUCCAAUGUAUUGUGUUAUAUUGGUAAGACCUGGAGACCUUCAAUCUGAUGCUCAUUGUACAAGUCAACUAGGGGGAUCGGGUAGUUGGCCUCGCGGACUUGAUGUGGUGGGUCAUGUGUCCUGGGUCCACAACACAAGGGAAUGAAUGGUACUUGUGAUGUUUUCAUCUUGCUCAUCAUUGGAUUGUUCGUUACAGGCUCAGGUGCUUAAAGAUGCUUUCUUACACCUAGAUUAAUAUUACUGAGUACAGUAUUAACCACCAAAGUAGCAUCAGCUGUUGCAGAAAUUCUCGAGUUCAUGAGCUCAUGUGAAAAUUUGAUCAUUUUUAGUGAAAUGUUUUCCUUUUUGAGUAGAGAAUCUGAACUAAAUCUUACUUCUUCGGGUAUGUUACGGUAUCAUCCAAUAUGUUCAGCCAUUACAAAUUAAAGCUAUUUAAACUGGCUGCAUGUUAUAACUUGUAACAUCCUUUUUAGAUGAACAGCCAUAGAAAAUUUCUGAAAAGUUUCAACAUCUAAAAUAGAUGUGAAUUGUUUGUACAAAUAUAAUAUUGAUAUAGUGUUGGCUUUGUAGCUAGGCAUUUUGCAUGUUGUCAUGUAUGUAUGAACAGGCUUCUAUCAACAAUACUGAGUUUUGUCCAUUAAUCCAGAAAUCCCAUUGCCAUUUUGGCAAAAGUUGAGAAGAAUAUUCUUUAUAUAUAUAUUGUUAUAUUCUUUAUAGUUA